AUGGCGAAAUUCUGGGUUUGCGCGACUGGCGCCGGCUGCUUUCUGGCGCUGCUGAUUUUUCAUUCAUGUUUUUGUGACUUUCCGAUUUUAAGAAACUUUGUGUUUCAAAUUUCCUGGACAACUGAGAAUACUUUGUACCGACUGGAUGUGGGUUGGCCUAAGUAUUCAGAAUAUUUUACUGGAACAACAUUUUGUGUUGCAGUUGAUUCCCUCAACGGCUUGGUUUAUGUAGCACAAAGAGGGGAUAACAUCUCAAAGGUAUUAGUAUUCACAGAGGACGGAUAUUUCCUACGAGCCUGGAAUUAUACAGUUGACACACCACAUGGUAUGUUUGCAGCCAGUACAUCACAUGAACAAUCUGUCUGGAUCACGGAUGUAGGAAGUGGAUUCUAUGGUCAUACUGUUAAAAAAUACAAUUUAUUUGGUGAUCUUGUUCAAGUCUUGGGUACCCCAGGCAAAAAAGGCACUGAUUUGAAUCCCCUGCAGUUUGAUAACCCUGCAGAAUUAUAUGUUGAGGACACAGGAGAUAUUUACAUUGUGGAUGGAGAUGGAGGAUUGAAUAACAGAUUGUUCAAGCUAUCCCAAGGAAUUCCCAUGAUCAAGAUUCAUUUAGUAUGGGUGGCUGACCGAGGGAAUAAAAGACUCCAAGUGUUUGAUAAAGACACUGGGGAAUGGUUAGGAGCAUGGGAUAAUUGUUUCACAGAAGAGGGACCAUCUUCAGUCAGAUUUACUCCUGAUGGGAAGUACUUGAUUGUAGCCCAGUUGAAUCUUAGCCGACUCUCACUUCUGGCAGCACCCCCAGUAGGAAGCAUCGGCAGCUGUUCUGUGGUCAGCACAAUCCAACUUGCAGAUCUAGUUUUACCUCAUCUGUUAGAUGUGGAUAGGAAGACCGGAGCAAUCUACGUAGCAGAAAUUGGAGCCAAACAAGUACAAAAAUAUGUCCCUUUGAAUAGUUAUUUUCCUUUACAUGGUUCAUAA